AUGGAGAUGGCGGCGGCGGCGGCGCCGUGCCCGGGAGAGCCGGAGCGGCUGGACUUCCUGCGGGAGCGGCACGUGCGCUUCUUCCAGCGGUGCCUCCAGAUCCUGCCCGAGCGCUACUCGUCCCUGGAGACCAGCAGGUUGACAAUUGCAUUUUUCGCACUCUCUGGUCUGGAUAUGUUGGAUUCCUUAGAUGUGGUGAACAAAGAUGAUAUAAUAGAAUGGAUUUAUUCCCUGCAGGUCCUUCCCACAGAAGACAGAUCAAACAUGAAUCGCUGUGGAUUCAGAGGUUCUUCAUAUUUAGGGAUGCCAUUCAAUCCCUCCAAGGGUCCAGGUAUAUCUCAUCCCUAUGAUAGUGGGCACAUAGCAAUGACUUACACAGGACUAUCAUGUCUGGUUAUUCUUGGAGAUGAUUUAAGUCGGGUUAAUAGGGAUGCCAUACUGGCAGGACUGAGAGCUCUCCAGCUGGAGGAUGGAAGUUUCUGUGCAGUGCUGGAAGGAAGUGAGAAUGAUAUGAGGUUUGUGUACUGUGCUUCCUGUAUCUGCUACAUGCUCGAUAACUGGUCAGGCAUGGAUAUGAAGAAAGCAAUAGACUACAUUAGAAGAAGUAUGUCUUAUGAUAAUGGCCUGGCACAGGGAGCUGGACUGGAAUCUCAUGGUGGCUCUACAUUUUGUGGUAUUGCAUCACUGUGUUUGAUGGGCAAACUGGAGGAAGUUUUUUCAGAAAAAGAAUUGAACAGAAUUAGAAGAUGGUGUAUAAUGAGGCAACAGAAUGGCUACCAUGGACGACCCAACAAACCUGUGGACACUUGCUAUUCCUUUUGGGUGGGAGCAACAUUGAAGCUCUUGAACAUAUUCCAAUAUACAAACUUUGAGAAAAACCGAAAUUACAUCCUGUCAACUCAAGACCGCCUUGUUGGUGGAUUUGCCAAGUGGCCAGACAGCCAUCCAGAUGCUUUACAUGCCUAUUUUGGGAUCUGUGGUCUGUCAUUAAUUGGAGAAUCUGGUAUUUGCAAAGUUCAUCCCGCCCUGAAUGUAAGCACAAGAGCAUCAGAGCGUCUUCACCACCUUCAUCAGAUCUGGAAAACGGACUUUAAACAGCGUUCAGAUGGCACACACCUCUCUACAUGACUGAUUUAGACUUGAAUUUAGUUCUGGUAGCAUAAUUGUAGCCCAGGGUUAAAAGCCAUGCAUAACCAAUGUGCUCUUUUAAGUGCUGGAGUCAUACAAUCAGAUCUGUGUUGCUGGCAUCACUUUGAUAUAGGGAGUUGCCUUCAGCAGGUUAUUCUGCAUUGUGAAAAGGGGAAUAUUUUGUUUAUAUAGAAGUUUGUCACCGCAGACUGUAAAUGGCUUUUCAGAUGGCUUUACUUCUGAGAAAUCCCUUGAGGCAUUUAAACUUCAUUUUAAUUUUAUUUUUUUAAAUUUGUGCAUACUGUGUCAAACUAUAUAAUGGGGAGUAUUUUCAAAACUGUUUACAUAUCAUACAGUAUAGCACAGAACAUUGAAGUUCUUUAUAAUCUUACUGUUUGACAUAUUUUUGGGUAGAGAAUCUCUCAUAUUAAGUCUCAGUUAAAAGUUACCUAUUAUCAACUUUCAGAUUCCAUAAACUUUGUUUUUCACGAACAAAUUAAUUAAAUACAAAUAAAAUUAUUUUAUUCAAUAUACUGGACUUUUAAAGUUGUGUGGCCUUACUAAGUGGAUUUCAUAAUUCUUCUGAGUAGGUUUUACACAGAUGCAGUAGAUUGUUAGCCAGACAAAGAGUUUUCAUCUGAAAUAGUUUCUUCAUGAGAAGUUCACUAAGAAUGUGGCAUAUUGAUGUGUGUCAUUAAGAGAUAUUCAGCCCAGUCUUUUGGAAGCAUACCUGUAUGCAAGAGUAGCAUUAGAACCUGCUUCUAAAGACAAACCUUUGCAAUACAUUGAAGUUGUUAAAAUUAGAGUAAUGAUUAACAUUCUCAGCUUCUUUUGUGCUUUACUAGUGCCUUACUUUGUAUGCUUGAAGUGCUGUUCAGAGUUGAAGCAAGUAACUUUGCAGCUGGUGUGUUUGUGGCAGGUCAGUUUGUUCAUUCAGUAGACACCACAAUGUCUUUCUACUUGCCAGUCAUUAACAGCACUUUUUUUUUCCUAAAGGUUCCAAAGACAGCUGAAGACUUCUUAAAACAGAUUAGGUGCACCAUUUGCCACUGCUGAGUCCAAAGAGACAGGAUGUGUAGACCAUUUUGGCCAGCAGAAAGAGCUUUGGGGAUAAACAUGAUUCCUGUCUUGCAAUGCAGGGCAAGUGAAAAGGGUAGUGUAGUUUAACUAGGUAGCUGCCUAACACAUGCCAGAGAAGUCCAGUAGGUAUCUUUAGGCUAUCAGAACAAUCCCAUUGUCCAAACCCAUAGCAGCCUUCCUACCUAAAUACAUUUUAUUUCUAUAGCAGAUUGAUUUAUAUGGGAGCAUAACUAGUGAUAGAGAUCUGCCUGAGCAAGAGCAGAUCUUUAUCACUAAAGCACAGGAGGAGCAGGGUAAGCUGUGUGAUCUAGACAUAUCCCAGUAGACACUUUACUUGGAGGAGGAGAGACUCAAUUGUUGGAAAAACUAGGAAGUCCAUAGGGGUUGGAACCAGGAGAAGUAUGAGGUUAGUUCUGGAGAGUGGGGAUGAGGUGCUUGAGUAGGACUACUGUAGAGUAGGAGAAAUGAGAACUGGGAGACACUGAGGCUGGAGGCAAGAGCAAAGAAUGUGGAGUAAUAAUGGAACCAAACUGGUGGAAAGGAUUUGAGCUGCCUAGGGUAAGAUUAGGGAGCAAAAGAAAGGUACUGACUCAAAAAUAUGAAGGAGUUAAGGGACAAAGGUAGAGCUUGGGAAUUGGUUUUAUUGCCCACAUGCUGAUAUGACCAGAAAUGCGGUCACAAGUAAAAAGAACUAGCCAGAUACCUAAAAGAGAGGAUCUGCCACAUAGGGGACUAACUACAGCAGUUCCUGUGGGAAUCCCAUUUUCCUGAAUAGGCUUAAUGGAAUGUUGGUCAGCAAAGGCUGAUGUAGCUUCCCUGAGCAGAAAUCUCUUAGGUCAUGGGGGUCCAUCUAGAUGAAGGCCCAUUUAAAACCAAACAACAAAAAUCUUGAAGUAAAAAUUGACCAAAAAAGCAUGGUAUUUUCUUGUCUUUAUGUGAGAUGGUGGCCACAAAUUGACUUCAUGGUAGGAUAGGGUGGGUUUUUGGUACGUGGUGUAGUUACAAUGGGGAUGAGAUGUAAUUGUAGCUACCCAUCCCUACCAGUGCUUCUCUGCCUUGCUGAACCACCUUUGGUUCACCUUAGUGAAUCAUCUUUGAGUUUUUUUCCCUGGUAGAGGGAAUAGCUUUGAAUUUCUGAAGAGUUGAAUAAGGUGUUCUUAGUCUCUGCUGGGAAACAGCCUAAAUAUUUGUUCUUUCUUAGCUUCAUGAAAAAGUAUGUAUUUGAUUAUCAUGAGGCAAAUCCACUGCACAAUCCUAAACAAUGGAUCCUGAGUUACCAGAUUGUCUCUGUGAGGGACAUUAGAGUCCCUCAGCAGAAAAUAUGGGGAUAACAUAAAAAAAUCAUGAAAAAUCAUGUGAAAAAAAUAAUGAAAAAUCAUACUAUGGGGAUAACAGUGAAAAAUCAUAUUAUGUGGACAAGAAAAAUUCUCAUGGCAAGUAAUUUAGUUAUCUGCCUCAAAAAGCAGGUAACAUUUCUUGCUAUGUUUUCUGUAUCUGUAAACUACCCUGGGUUCUUUAUAUGGAUUUUAUGUUUCUUACCUCCUUGGCCUCCAGUUAUUUUGCAACAUCUUUUCAGGCUGCAUGUUGACAGCAGAGCUAGCCUUUCCCAAACAUUGCAUGAGGUGUAUUUGUUUCUUGUUAACUCCCAAAGUUUGAUGAAGGCCAUAAAAUAAAUAUGUUUUCACCUCACACUGAGUAUCUAAUUACUUUAAUUCUUUUGAAUUCUUUAAUCUUUUUUUAAGUUGACAAAAAUCUGUACUAAUAACCAACACGGCAUUCAUGCUUUGUCAUUCCAAAUGUCCCAACUGAUGUCAGGCAAACAAUGAUGAAUGUUCCUGUAUAGCAGACAUUUGGAUCCUGAGUGUAUUGAAUUGCCUCUCUGAUUUUUGUGGUUUAUUGUGUCUUCUGACUAGAAAAAUUUUAAAUGAGAAAUUAGUGAACAAGAGUUUCACAGAAAUCCAUAACCUAAAAUCACUUUUAAAGGGGAUACAUCAAAAUAGAGCUAAAACUUAAAUGUGAACUGUGAAGUUUAAAUGUAGCUAGAAAAAGUAAAUCAUGUGAUUAUUACCUACCUCUAAUAAUUUUGUGUUAACCACAGCUUUACAUUGCUGAGCCUGAACCUACAUAAGAAAUUAAUGCAUUAAAUGACUUUACCAUAUAAAAUCACUUGGUUAUCGGGCUGACAAAUGUGAGUGCCUCUGUCCUAUCUGAAACUAUCCCAAACUAUGUGUUGCCCAAGUUUCUUUUCCAGACAAACAGCUUUAAAAUGAUACGUUGAACAAAGGAGGUCAAAUGUAUCUUUUCCAUAGGAUCUGAGGGCUGGGGAUUUAAACAUUGUCACGUUAGGGCUUUCAGGCCCACUUGGUCUGUAUAUAGCUGCUGGCAGAUACAGUAACACCACUUUGGAAGGCUGCUUCCAAGCAUGGUUGUAUUUAUACAUUUUCAUAUUGAGAACUGUUUUUUCUAAGUGGAACAAUCAUCCUCGCUGAAAAAAACUAGCAAGUUAAUUGGGUAUUGCAGAAAUACCUGAAGUACCAGUGCUGAAUCACAUAUUAACAGUACCUUGCUCUAUGCUCUAUUGGCCAAGGUAAAAGACUACCUGAGAGCAGCUAAAGAAGCUGUAUCAAAUGUGCUUUCUCCAUGGAUGCCAGUAUAAAAAUCAAAUACUCUGUAGAAACUGUUGUGUUCCCUAAAAAAUACAUUUCAAGUUUUUGCCUAGUGAGCCAUUCAGUAUGGGGUUGCCUGAUAUAAAAGGGAAGAAACAGUGAUUUCCAAAGUCAGAGCCUUUUAUGGGCAGCCCAUCUCAUAGCAUUUUGGAGAAACACUGCUGUCAGUGUCCCUGUGGAGGUCAAAGAGAUGUCAGGACAUGCAUAAGAAGCAGAGAGGCCCUAGGUAAGAAGAUGCUAUUGCUGUAACUAAAUAUGAGACAUCUCCAAAAUUCAUCAGUUGAAUGAGAUUAUUGGUGUGUUUACGUUGAUGUUAAAUACUGUGGUGGUUCUGAAAAACUCUUCUUUUGCUUUUGCAAGAAAAGACCACUUAAAAAGUUUUCCUCACUUCAGAUGACAUUGGAUGAAAAAGAUAGUCUCAACAUCUUUAUACUAAAUGGUUAUUAAAUUACUCCACUGAAGUGGUUACAGUAUGUUGUAAAUUUACACUUUCCAUUCACCGUUUUUAAGCUUUUGUGUUCCUGGUCUCUAUUUGCCUGAUCAGUUUCUGAGUUUAAUAAAAAUCAAUGAACUGUUGGGAAACGGAGGUAAAACUCUAAUUUCUUU